UGUGUCUGUGUGUCUGUGUGUCUGUGUGUAAGUGUGCGUGUGUGUGUGUGUGUUUGGGUGUUUUCUCUGAGAGGAGUUGGAAUCAGGGCGUUUCUAGGAGUGGCUGUCUGCUUUAUUACGUACAAGUCACCAGACCCACACCGCCCGAAACCCCCUCGCUCGCUCUCUCUCUGCCUCUCUCUCACUGCCUCCCUGCCUCUCUCUCUCUCUGCCUCUCUCUCUCUUUCUCCGUGGCUCCCCCUCUCUCUCACUGCCUCUCCGUGCCUCAGACAUUCAGUCUCUGUCUCCCGCUCUCUCUCUCUCUGUCUCCCUCUCUCUCUCCCCGAGUCUCCAGAGAAGGUACAUUGUCAAACUUCUGACUCGACCAAACAGUAUGGAUCUGAGCGAUGCUCUCGGAGAAGGGGGGGUGUGGCCGGGCGGCGGCUCCAACCCGCCAGCAGGGGGCGCUGUUUGGCCGGGCGGUGCCACUAACCCCACCUGGCCAGGAGGUGCCCCGGCCCAGCCCGCCUGGCCCGGACAGGGGGGACCCCAGAACCCGGCCCAGCCCACCUGGCCCGGACAGGGGGGACCCCAGAACCCGGCCCAGCCCACCUGGCCCGGACAGGGGGGACCCCAGAACCCGGCCCAGCCCACCUGGCCCGGACAGGGGGGACCCCCGGCCCAGCCCACCUGGCCCGGACAGGGGGGACCCCAGAACCCGGCCCAGCCCACCUGGCCCGGACAGGGGGGACCCCAGAACCCGGCCCAGCCCACCUGGCCCGGUGGAGCGGGGGCCCCGGCCCAGCCCACCUGGCCCGGACCAGGAGGUCCAGGGGGGGCCCAAACCCCGGCCCAGCCCACCUGGCCCGGACAGGGGGGACCCACGCCCCCUGCCCAGAGUGUCUCAAUGAAUGUACCCUUCGAUCAAAAGCUUCCAAAUGGAGUUUUUGACAAACUUCUGAUCACCGUCAAGGGCACCGUCAAACCCCACGCAAACACGUUCACAAUCAACAUCAAAAGCAGCCAUGACCUUGCGUUCCACUUCAACGUGCGUUUCAACGAGGGAGGCCAUAAGGUGAUCGUGAGGAACAGCGAGAUCAGCAAGAAGUGGGGCAAGGAGGAGCGGGGUGGGGCCUUCCCCUUCGUCCAGGGACAGCCCUUUGAGAUGAAGGUCCUCUGCACCAGCGCAGCGUACAGGGUCGCCGUCAACGGAUCCCACCUCCUGGAGUACCAGCACCGCGUCAAGGACCUGCGCUCCAUCAACCUGCUGUCCAUCUACAAAGACGUCACCCUCACCUCCGUGCUUGUCGACCGCCUGCCCUGAAGACCCUAACCCCCCCCCCCCCCCCCCCCCCCCACCUCUUCGGGGUCGGUGGAUACAAAGGACCAAAAGAUACCUUAUUGCUGUUGCUCAUGUUAGGUUGUUUAUGAAUUAUCUUCUACUGGUUGCUGGUUGAAAACUGAAAAUGUGUUUUAUAUAUAUAGAUUGAUGGGGUGUAGUGAGAGCAUGGAGAUUGAAAUAUUAAAUGUAGUCCGACAAUAAAGCGAUUAUUAAACCCAAUA